GGAAACGGAACCACCCCCCCCUCCACAAGGGUCAAGCGAUGCCAGAGCACAGGUUACGAUGGAUUAUAGACUGGAAGAAGAAAGGGUGAUGGAGAUGGUAAGAGCAUGUUAUGAAGAGGGUAUCAUUCCGGAAGAGAUUGACGGAGGGACGAUGGAGGUUUCAAGAAGAGAGGUGAAGUUUGUCUUAAACAACACGGUGGACGAAAUGAAAGUGAAAUGGCUGAAGCGAAGGACGGUGACUGUUAUCUUCAGGGAUGGGGCUCGCUUCCUACCAAAAAGAGUCAAGGAAGAUGUUAUCAGGGCGUAUGAGGAUGGCUGGAUAAGUGACGACACCUUUGGUGUGGAAUUCAAGAGGGGUAAAAUUAAGGUCGAGAGCCCGAACGUGGUCUCGUACAUCCAAAGAUCUCAGGAAGUUACCGAUUGGAUGUUAACCAAGAGAUCCGACUUCAUCGACUUGGCAGGUACUACGUAUCGCACGGAAUUUAAAUCGUGGAUGACGCGAGCGGAAGUAAGAGAUUGGCGAAGGACCAUCGAUGACAACAUCUUCUGGGUAGUGGCAGUGGGAGUCCCCUUGGGGGAAAUGGUCUUCCUGCAUACGCACGUAGAGCGAGCAAUUGGGAAGAUCUUGAAGAGACAUCAACCUGAAGCAGACGAAGAAGAUCCGAAGCUUGUCAACAUCCGCUUCGAUAUKGACGCAAGCUGCAAGGAGAACAUGAAGGAUAAGAUAUGCGUAGAAACCCAUCAAGGCAAUGAGUUGGAAGUGAGAAUGGCGAAUGCAGAAACAGAGUGGUGCAGAAGAUGUCGAACCUUCUUUCACUCGGAGGAUACGUGUCUGGAGUGGCUCAAGGAACACACAGUCACUGUCAUCUUCAGAGAAGGUGCUCGCUUAUUGCCAAGAAAGGUCAAGGACGACAUCAUCAGAGCUUACGAAGAUAGUAAAAUCCAGGAGGGAGUUUUCGAGGAGGAAGGCUUUAGACGGGGAAGAGUCAAGAUAGAGUGCUCCAACGUGGUAUCCUAUGUGGCCAAGAGUAGAGUUAUUGCUCUUUGGUUGGUCAACAAGGGGCCGGAUGAACUAACGCUCGGCUCUACGACGUACAAGCUGGAGUUCAAACCGUGGUUGACUAAGGCACAAUUGAAGGAGCAGAGACGAGAGGAGGAUCAACUCACCUUUUGGGUGAUUGUUGUUCAAGUCCCAUUGGAUGCUAUGUUGUUUUUGGAUGCUCACAUCCAGAAAGCAAUUGGUCCAAUAGUCAGGCGUCAUCCCUCGGAACCGGACAGGCUGAGGCUUUCGCUAGUCAACAUCAAGUUUGAUGUCGACCCUGCAGCGAGGUCAAACAUGAAGGAUGUUAUAUGGCUGGAGACUUUCGAAGGGGACCAGCUGGAGGAAAAUGAAGAACCACCGAUUGGGGUACAAGAAGUGGGAAGCGACGAGGAAGUGACUCAAGGGCCAUGUGGAGGAAGCAAGAGGGAAGAGCCCAUAAUCAUCGAAUCGGAUGACGAGGACGAGGAAAGAAGGAUGGAGCCGUCGUCCGUCUUAUUGAGGAAGAUGGAGGAUUUACUGGACAAGGUGGGAAGGUACCAACAAAAGUUGGUGGCCCUCUGUGAGGAGGUGAGGGAAUGGAAGUUUAGCAUCCCUAAGGUGUUCCUGUACGACUCCGGCCCGGAGUCAGCGCGUAGGCGACCUGGAGUAAAUGUGGUAGGGUCAAGCCCACAGUCAGGGGUGAUGGGGAGACCCCUCACCCCGCAGGCCCGGCUGGCACAAGCAACACGAACGAGGAAUCAAGCCAAGGCCAGUGCCAGCCAAGAGCCUCCGAGGAGGGAGCCCGAACUGGAAAAAAGGAAAGAGGCCAUGGAAGUGGAGGAUGACGAUGAUGAAGAGGAAGAAGACGAGAGGCUGCGCCGAGAAGAGGAUCAGAGAGUGGAGCAGCGGGCAAGGAAAAAAGGGACCAAGGGAGAGGCCGAGCCGGUCAUAUGUGAUGGACCACCCAAAAGGAAGAAGUACGCGGUUCGGUUAGAAGAGGGAUUUGACGUAGAGAAAGUGAUCGACCGACUGCUGGAAGGGCAUAAUGACCUCAUGACCCUGAAGAAAAUCCUAGCGUCGGCCCCGCGGCUCCGCGAUGAACUGAAGGGGAGAUUGUCGCGGCGCCUGGUGCCCAAUGUCCAUCUGGGGCCGACUGCCUUAGGAGGAGUUCUAAUUCAGGCAGACGUAGAGGGAAAGGAAAGGCCCUUGAGAUUUGAGAGUCGGACUCUCUGUACGACCGAGAGGAACUACUCUCAGUUCAAGAGGGAGACCCUUGCCGUCCUCCACUGUUUGCGAAUCUUCCGGAACUAUAUCUUCGGCAGGAGGUUUAUUUUGAGAGUGGAUCCGACCGCCCUGGCCUACUCUCUAAGGAAUUACGUUCCAUCGGAUCCGACGGUUGUCAGAUGGCUGACGUACAUCUGGAUGUUUAACUUCGAGUUGGAGCGGAUUCCUGGCAGUAAGAACUGGGCAGACGGACUAAGCCAGAUCAACUGGGAUAAACAGGAAGGGGAGGCGGUGGAGAAUACGCCCCCAGUUGAUGGAUUUCUGGACCAGGAAGAAGAUGUUCAUCUUCAUAUCAACAAGUGGUCGCCGCGAGUACCCAGCUGUGUAGGCUAUCCUAUCUGGCAAACGCCGAGUGGGUACGAACGGAGGGAUGAGUCCUCAAACCCUUUGAAGAAGAAGAUCCUUGGGGAGGAAAGCCUCGACCAGUCAGGCUCGUUGAACCCGGCAGGGAAUGUGAACGAAGUGUCCGAGAGCCAGGACGACGAGUUCGAGGAGGGGGAGAUUAAGGAGGCCUUUCACGCAGAAGAGUAUGAUGGGAUCUACCUAGAGCUGGGGCUUCUCUUGUCUUGCGAGAUGUGGGUAAGGAAUGCAAGCGAUAGGGCUCAGAGGAUGCUACAGCGCUACUUAGUGCGUGAUGGCCACCUUUUCGCAAGAAGAGAAGUGGGGAAUCCCAGGAGAGUCGUCUGCGGUAGGAACUGCCAGAUUGACGUCGUAGCAGCACUUCAUGAUGGCAUUGCAGGAGGGCAUCAAGGGGUACAAGCCACGUAUGCCAAGAUAAGUGAGUUGUACUACUGGGAUGGGAUGAUGGACAUGGUCGGGAAAUUAUGUCGAUCAUGCGUACCCUUCCAGGAGAGAUCUCGUUUGAGGCAAGGAGAGCCGCUGCAUCCAAGGCUAGAGCGAGAGGUGGGGGCUGUAGUGCAUCUCGAUCUACUUUUCAUGCCGCUUGGGGAUCAGAGCUAUAACAACAUCUUCGAUGCGAGCGAUAACCUGUCUGGCUUCGUAGACGGACGUGCCAUUCGUACCAAGACUGGUUCAGUCUUGGUUAGCUGCAUCGAGGAGUACUACCUGCGUUAUCCUUUCGUCAGGGAGUUCGUAAUGGAAAGGGGAUCGGAAUUUACUUGCCAGGAGGUGCAAGAGUUGUUAUCAAGGAGAAAGACCUUCACCAGGGGAUUCAAAAGAGGACGAGUUCAUGGGGAAGGGCCAAAUGUGAUGUCGCAUGUCGCGAAGUCAAGAGAAGUGGUGCAAUGGCUAGUGGCGAAGGCGGAGGAUGUAGUAAUAAUCAAAGGCGUUGAGUAUAAGAUGUUGUUCAAGCCAUGGAUGACAAGAGCAGACUUGGAGCAACAGAGAAGACAAGAAGCUGAAACUAAGUUCUGGGUGGUAGCCCUACGGGUUCCGCUAAGAGCAAUGUUUCACGUUGGAGGUUUGGUAGCUCAAGCGAUGAGACAAAUCAUCCAUCAGCACCCGCCAGAGCAAGACCCCACUCGACCGAAACUGAUGAACCUUAAAUUCGAUCUAGCAAGAGAAGCGGAGGAAAGGUUUGAGGUCACCCUACCUAUGAAGUUGGAUUACGGGGAGUUGUAUCAAGUACAAUUUGCAUGAGCCACGCAAGCGAUGGCGGGACUGCAGGGGACGGGGCAAUAUGCGAUGUCAGGGGGCUCUUCAGUGCUGGCUCGAGGCAACUCAUCGGCGUUGUAUACGCCGCUGGGGAGGCAAGAGGUUAAAGAAGGGCGACUGGGAGCUGAGGAACGGGUAGUGGUGGUUGAUGAGAGUACGAAGCAUCGCAACAAGGAAUCAGCCGCCCCUACCUCAAGCUCGUCGCAGGUGAGGGAGGAGGACCCGCUGGCGAAUCUGGAAGGACACGAAGAGGGUAGACCGCUAAUCCCAGAUGGGGUAACGACGUGUGAAGUGGGCGAUCACCGAUUUGAGGAGAACCGACUGAUGCCGCUAGUGUGUACAAUGCUCGGACAAGAAGCCUACAUCCUCGGGCUGGUGAAUCGAAUUGGACAAACAAUACUUCCAUCCACGCCAUUCUGCGGAAUACCAUCGCCGGAGAUGGUAGAAGCGAAAACAAGACAUCUGUAUGCAGACAGGUUUUGCUUUAGGUUGUUCCCGGAAGAGAUUACUCCGAAGCUGUCGCUCAAAAUUCAGGGUGGUAAGAGGGUGAAGUUUUACAUCCCUCUAAUCGACGCUCGAAUCCCGAUGCAACAUAGGGCAGGACUUCCCUCGGUUGGGUUAACCUGCAUCCCCCUCCGCCUUCUGUUGGGAGGGGCAGACGCGGAGUUAAAUAACGUAAUAGGGGAACCUGGCAUCCCAACCAUCUUUUUGAAGACCAUCAACGAAAAGAUGCCUCUUGACAGGAACCUGGAGUCUGGCUUUAUUCAAGAAGUUCUAGUGGAGAAAUGGCAAAACAUCAGCCCGACGCAGAGAGGAGGAGGAGAAGAACAGGCAACGGAAGAGCGGAUCCAAAGAAGAAACGCGGCGGAAGGUGGAGCCCAUGGGGAGAAUUAGAAUUGGAACAUGGAAUGUGAAGGGGUUGGGGGAUACUGGAGGCAGACAGAAGGGAAGAAGAGUGAAGGAGUGGAUGUUCGAGAAGAAAGUGGAUAUAAUGUUUCUUCAGGAGACGAAGCUUUCGGAGGCGAAGCUGGCACAACUCACCGACUGGUGGGAUGGACCACAACUGUGGUCUCCAGCAAGAGGCACGA